AUGUCUUCCACGACCGUCCCGACCCAGAACGACAUCCUCGUUCCCGAGACCCUCCUCAAGAAGCGCAAGUCGCAGGAGAAGGCUCGCGCUGAGCGUGCUGCUGCUCUCGAGAAGCGGAAGCAGGCCAACAAGGAGAAGCGCCAGGUCAUCUUCAAGCGUGCUGAGAAGUACGUGAAGGAGUACCGUGAGCAGGAGCGUGAGAAGAUUCGCCUUGCCCGGAUCGCCAAGCAGCAGGGUUCUUUCCACAUCCCUGCUGAGGCCAAGCUUGUCUUCGUUAUCCGCAUCAAGGGUAUCAACAAGAUCCCUCCUAAGCCUCGCAAGAUCCUUCAGCUCCUGCGUCUCCGUCAAAUCAACAAUGGUGUCUUCGUCAAGGUGACCAAGGCUACCGCUGAGAUGAUCAAGAUCGUCGAGCCGUGGGUCGCCUAUGGGUACCCCAACCUCAAGAGCGUCCGUGAGCUCAUCUACAAGCGCGGCUACGGCAAGGUCAACGGUCAGCGCAUUCCCCUCACUGACAACGCCAUCAUCGAGGAGAACCUCGGCAAGUACGGCAUCAUCUGCAUUGAGGAUCUCAUCCACGAGAUCUUCACUGUUGGCCCCAACUUCAAGCAGGCCGCCAACUUCCUGUGGCCCUUCAAGCUCAGCAACCCCAACGGUGGUUUCCGUCCUCGCAAGUUCAAGCACUUCAUUGAGGGUGGUGAUCUUGGCAACCGUGAGGAGCACAUCAACGCUCUCAUCCGUGCUAUGAACUAA